AUGUUUCUCUUCACCAUGUUCUUCGUCUUUUGGCGCAUCCUCCAGAUCCUCACCCUCAUCCCCACCAUGGGCAUGCUCGCCUGGUUCGUCCACGGCUUCGUCGAGGCCAACGCCCUGACGCCCAACUACAUCCUCGUCCUCUUCAUCGUCUCCGUCCUCGCCCUCGCCUGGGCCAUCUUCACCCUCUUCUCCUACCACCGCUCCUCGACAAACGCCACCAUGGUCGCCAUCGUCGACCUCCUCUUCGUCGGCGCCUUCAUCGCCGCCAUCUGGUACCUCCGCGGCAUCCGCCUCCAGAGCUGCAGCAACGUCUCGCGCGACGCCAACUGGCGCGUCGACUUUGCCGGCCUCUCCGUCUCCGGCCCCGACUGGGACCUCAACACCGACAAGCCCUGCGCCAUGCUCAAGGCCAGCUGGGCCUUUGCCAUUAUGAACUGCAUCAUGUUCUUCUUCACCUCCGUCCUCGCCUGCAUGAACGGCGACCGUCUCGGCGCCUCCUCCUCCUCCCACCACCACGACCGCAAGUCCUACCGCGACGGACGCUACCACGGCAGCCGCCGCAGCCACAGCCAUCACAGCCACAGCCGGAGGAGCUCGCACUCCCGCAGGGUCUACGUUUGA